UUAAACACAUUUCAAAACAAAGUCUGAGAUGAAUUCAAUAUCUUUUCUAUGCAGGAAAGAUGGAGUAACUUUGUUUUGUUUUUUUUUCAAAUGAAACCACAGAACAUCAUUCACCCACCCAACCUGACAUAUAAAUAAUGUAACCCUACACAU